CCUCAGUUAUCCAUCAUCGACCUUUUCAUCUCUUUUGGCAACAAACAUCCGCGUCAACCACCCUGCAAGCCCAUUCCACCUCUCUCACUUUGUGGUACACCCCAAGGCUGUCCUUUGCGAGCUCUGCUACACACAGUGGCCACUAUCUAAACCUGAACCCAUCGCUCGCUUGCUCCAAUCUCAGUUCCUCGCUUUGAUCCCUGGAGGGCCCCCCUCCCGAGCUCCAGUGUCUGGUCUCGGCUCCAUCCACCCGUCAUCUCCAUCUCCAUCUCCAUAACCACCACCACCACCACCACGACGCCCGUCGCCUUACUUUCGUGCACUCGAACACAACCAGCACCACCCACGACUGAUUACUCUCCAACGCAGCGACGCCUUCAUCUUGCGCUCCUCUCGCCCUCCCAGUCUCUGUCUUUUCCCCACCGCCCUUCCCACCCCUCCCGACGAUUCGGGUCGCGAACAAAGGACGACAUCCGUGCAGCUCCAUUUGCAGCUGCAGCCGCACCUCGCGCUGCAUCUGCAGCGCCCAACGCCCGCCCUGUCGCUCCUAUAACGACAAGCCUUUGCCUUUGAGAUGGGUGCAUGCGGAAGCACAGAGGCCUCGGGGGAAGACACAGAACAGAAGAAGAGAAGCCAGGCCAUAGACAAAGAACUCGAACAGGACUCGCGCCGGUUACGACGAGAAUGCAAGAUAUUACUCCUCGGCUCCGGUGAGAGCGGCAAAUCCACCAUUGUGAAGCAGAUGAAGAUCAUUCACCAAAACGGUUACACCCAGGAAGAAAGAGCUCUUUACCGGCUGACGAUAUACAAAAACUUGAUUGAUUGCAUGAAGGCGCUCAUCGCUGCCAUGCAGCAAUUCGAAAUCGAGCCAGAAGAACAAGAGAUCAAGGACUACCUAGAAUACCUUCUCGAGUACAACGUGGAUCCAGAUCCCGAGACGCCGUUGGACUCAAAGGCUGCCGACGCGGUGGAGGCGGUCUGGAAAGACCCGUCAUCUUCAAAAACAAUGGAGCGACAGAGCGAAUUCUACCUGAUGGACUCGGCGCCUUACUUCUUUGACGAAGUCCGGCGCUUGGCCGCUCCAGACUAUAUACCAAAUGAGGCAGAUGUGCUGCGUGCACGAACAAAGACGACGGGUAUUUACGAAACUCGGUUCACAAUGGGCCAACUGAGCAUCCACAUGUUUGAUGUCGGCGGCCAGCGGAGUGAACGGAAGAAGUGGAUCCAUUGCUUCGAAAACGUCACAUCUAUUAUUUUUUGUGUUGCCUUGAGUGAAUACGACCAGGUGCUCCUCGAGGAAGCAAAUCAGAACCGCAUGAUGGAGAGCCUGGUGCUUUUCGAUUCUGUGGUCAACUCACGGUGGUUCAUGAGAACGAGUAUUAUCCUUUUCCUGAACAAGGUUGAUCUCUUCAAGGAGAAGCUGGGAAGGUCACCUUUAGGCAACUACUUUCCCGACUACUCGGGCGGCAACGAUGUCAAUCGCGCCGCCAAGUAUCUACUAUGGCGGUUCAACCAGGUGAAUCGCGCACAACUCAACCUAUAUCCUCAUCUGACGCAAGCGACCGACACAACAAAUGUCCGACUCGUCUUUGCUGCGGUCAAGGAGACGAUCCUUCAAAACGCACUGAAAGACUCGGGGAUAUUAUGAUCUGCUCAUGCUGAUGUGCUUAUUCCCGUUGUUUCUGCAUCUCUGGCGUCUAGCAAGGCAUGUGACGAAUUGGACUCACGACGGUUUGGGGGGCUGCUUGUCACAUAUGAAGGGGUUUGUGCUUUGUGUUUUGACGGAUUGACCGCAAUGCUCGGUGCCGGGGCUGCUGCACCUUGAUUUGAUGUGAUUGUGUUGCGAAAAGUUUGCGUUUGGAUGUUACUCGCUGUCUCUGUCAUCAAGGCAGAGCAGAAGCCAUUACGAAGAACAUGCUGCUGUGGGGUGUUGGGUACAAUACUUCUUUUUCCUAUGUUGGUGGGCCGGGUUGGAUAUUUUGCAAGGCACGAUUGGCCGCCGACGACGACGACUCCCCAGUAAUGUCAGGACCAUGACGGUCUUGCGUGCAUAUGGCACACGUUGCGCCGACAGAUGAUAUCGAUACCGUUCACGGGGACGCAGGGAUGUGAGUGAGAUCCACAGACUCGGCGAGAGGCAGCCGAUUUUGAGGACAUGGCGAGCAAACGAGGUCCGGAAUCUAGUUGGAUGCUGCUUCGCAAUGUACUCUUAAUACAACAUACUAUCUAAAUAUUGGAGGUUAGGAUCAAUGCCCU